GAUUUCUUCGUUGUUAUCCUUAAUUCAAUGUCGUGGAUGAAUAUCAUACUUCUCACACCACAGAAUCCUAGGUUGCCAAUAACCGGCAGAAGAGCUCUCCGGCUCUCUGCGCUCUUGGAGAGAUUACCUUGAAAACGCCAUGGCUGCUUCUUCAAUUCCACUCCAAUUCGACGCCAUCCGAAACCCUCUACUUCAAAAUAGCAGCCUCCUCCUUCGCAAAGCCCCAUUAAUCCUCCAUAUUUCUCCCAGAAACACCUCCGGUAGCAGCACUGUGAUGACCCCUUCCGCCAAGUUCAAUCUCUACGAGAUGAUGGGUGGACGAGGUCUCUGCAACGGCGAACAGGGCCUUGGAAAGGAACUCGAGAGGCCGAUCAUCGUAGAACCAGAAACCGUACCUCCCACUCAAGCUGCCGCCAUCGAUCCAUCUCUGCCUUCAUCCUCCAUAAUUGGUGGAGAAGAGGGCUUCGAGAAAGAACUUCUGGGCCUCACCGGUGGUUUCCCCGGUGGCGAGAGGGGCCUUCAAAGUUUUUUAGAGAAGAAUCCGCCUACCAUUAAGAAGAGAGGCGGUGGAGAGGAACUUUUAGGAGCCCCGCUUCCUGGUUCGGGGCCCAAGCCGCCUGAGCUUCCGCUGCUUAUGCCGGGGAUGAUUGUGAUUGUGAAGAACCCGGCAAACCCCUUCUACAUGUACAGUGGUAUCGUGCAGAGGGUCACAGACGGGAAGGCCGGAGUCCUCUUUGAAGGUGAGAAUUGGGAUAAGCUUCUCACUUUCAAGCUACAUGAGCUCGAGAGGAGAGAGAAAGGGCCACCCAUGGUUAAUCCCAAGUCUGCCAUUCACGAGGCCCUUGUUGACACCAAGCCUGAGUGAGAGAGACAUCGACUGAGAAAAAGCUCCAAAAACUAUCUGCUCUGUCUGCUUCUUCAAUCUUAAUCUUGCGGGCUAAGAAUUUACAUGCGACGAUAUUCAUUAUCUGAAGAAAUAUAUUGUGAAAAUCAGAUUGCUGGAAAUAAAAGGGGAAUGUCUCAGCUCCCAGCAUAUUACUUGCUGAAGUGCAUGUUGUGCUUCUGCUUUCAUUAAACAUUGUGCUUCAUUCCUGAGGUUUGAUUAUUUUGCAUGUAAUGGGAAUGCACUUUCAAAAUGUAAAUUCAUAGGGAUUCUUUCCUUGUUUCCUUUGCGGGUCA